GGGAACAAUUUAGCUAAACUCCAUUCUCCAUUGGCUGCCUUUGCCAUAUGACCCAGCUCCUUCCAGCCAGGGAGAUUAAAACAGCUAGUUAAUUUCUUCUAUUUGCAGGAGUCAGAAACGCCUUUGGGAUCUCUGGGUUUUUAACUGUUUCUGACACAGGAGGUAGAUCACCAGCUGCCAAGAUGUCCAGCAAGAGAGCCAAGGCCAAAACCACCAAGAAGCGCCCCCAACGUGCCACUUCCAAUGUCUUUGCCAUGUUUGACCAGUCGCAAAUCCAGGAGUUCAAGGAGGCUUUCAACAUGAUUGACCAGAACCGCGAUGGCUUCAUCGACAAGGAGGAUCUGCAUGACAUGCUGGCGUCUCUAGGGAAGAACCCCACUGAUGAGUACCUGGAGGGCAUGAUGAGCGAGGCACCGGGUCCCAUCAACUUCACUAUGUUCCUCACCAUGUUCGGAGAGAAGCUGAACGGCACCGAUCCAGAAGAUGUCAUCCGCAAUGCCUUUGCCUGCUUCGACGAGGACGCGACAGGUUUUAUUCAUGAAGACCAUUUGCGCGAGCUGCUCACCACCAUGGGGGACAGGUUCACGGACGAGGAGGUGGACGAGAUGUACCGAGAGGCCCCCAUCGACAAGAAAGGCAACUUCAACUACGUGGAGUUCACCCGCAUUCUCAAGCAUGGAGCCAAAGACAAAGAUGACUAGAGACGAGAGGCGCCCGUCCCACCUUCUGUACACCUGCCAUGCCCCUCCUCCCUGAGCACGCGUGCUGCCUCUGGCCCAGAGUCCCAGCAGGCCAACCCCAUGGAAAAUGCCUUAAAGCACAUGACGUGAGGCCUUAACCCUGCUCUGCAUUAGGGACGAGCUGGCCCCCACACAAAUGCCCCUCCCAGGAGAAGAUGAAUCUUCAUGCUCCCGUCCCUCAGCCCUUCGAGCAUGUCAACCAUUCCUAGCCUCCGUCGAUCUUGUUCGCUGCAGGUCAGUCCAGGUGGCUCCCGUUCCCACAAAGAUCUGACCUCCUGAAUUCGAGUGCUGUAUGGAGGAGGUGACCAGAGGAAAGCAGAAUAGUUACCAUGGGCUCAACUCACCAGUGCUGUAGCAUCUGGCAAUGGGUGUAUGAUCCAUGGCCACUCAGAGUGUAAACUCCUGAGGGGGCCUGUUGAGGUUGCUGCUUAGCCCCUGGCCAUUGAAUCUCUUCCCAGCGACACCACUCCGACCCUCUCCCUCUAUUUCAGAACAGGCUCAUACUGGAGCUAAAAGUUCUGUUCUUCUAACCCACUGGGAAUCCCUCCUUGCCCUGGCCCCGCCUGCCCCACCCCAUUCUGCACUCAUAACAAUUUGCACUUAAAUAGCACCUUUCACCUGAGAAUAGCAGAGCACACGGACCCCUGUGUAUUUUCCCUGCCACGCCCCAGCCUGUCCGGCACAGAUCCUUGCAGUGGGGUGGACCGGGAGGGGGUGGGGGAGGGGUCCCUCUACCGGGUGGUGGUGGUGAGCUGUUGCAUGGUAGAUGGAGCGUGCACACAAGGCAUUCCUGGGGGUGGCUUUGCCAUGCACAGAUUUUGCAAUCACACCAGCCAAGGGUGGUCAAAUCAUUCUGCUGGGGACUAACAUUUGUGUGCCUAAUUGGCCCCUCUCAAUGAGGGGCAAUAAAAUCCUGCUCUGCAUUUUACCUUGAUGACAAUGUUUACCCAUAAUCCCCAGCUGCAGUGCCGUAACGAGGGCGAGGUGAGUGAGGCACUUGCCUCAGGCGCAAAAGGUGAGGGGCGCAGAAAGUCUCUCCUUCGCUGGUAAGUCCUUCCCUCCGAGAGGGACUGAAGGACCCGCCGCCAAAUUACCGCCGGUUGUUGGCAAGGGAGAGGGGCGGCACGUCCGGCUCUUCAGCGGAAAUUCGGCGGCAGGUCCUUCCCUCCGAGAGGGACCCGCCGCCCAAGAGCUGGACGUGCCACCCCUGUCUCUUGCCUCAGGUGCAAAAAUCCCUAGUUACGGCUCUGCCCAGCGGUUAGCCUGCCGUUUCAGGGCUGACUUUCCCAGUGUCGCAGUCCAUAAGGCAAGAGCCCUUCCCCACAUUAAGCCAGUCACCGCUCCUGUCACCAGUAUGGGUCCGUCACCCACUGGAAUGAACGAAUGGUAGUUCCCAAUGUGCGCACUACACUUGGACUGAAGAGACAGCAGAACAUGGGAUUUGCCAGAAUGGAUAUGAGCCUUGAUCCAUCCAAUCCCAGGUCCUGCCUCCCAUCUCAGCCAAUAUCCAGAGCUUGAGAGGCAGGUGGGACCUCCCCAGAAUACACCUCACCAACUGUGCCAUGCUGGGUACGUAGAGUAGAAAACCUCCUGCAUUCCACUAGACAGCUAUUUUUCACCCUGACACACAUGCUUUUAUUACCCCCCUCUC